AUGUGGCGCGGUGUACGUCGCGCGUUUCCGCAUAUGCAGAAGCAUCGUCAUCUGCCCCGGGUACGGAUUUUACGGAUUUCGGACACCGAGGCGCCGGCCGCGUCUCCUGCCACCGUCACACACCAAGGCAUGGCGGCUUGCUGGGAUCUGGACAGUGGUAACGCUCGCGGUGCCGUCGUCGCCAACCGGACCGGCUUGAAAUUUCAGCCAGUAAUCAAUCAGUCUCGAUCCCGGUUUAUGUUAGUUUAG